AUGGUCUUCUCUCCUAUCAGCGAGAUUCCAGCCGUGGGUCGAAAUCCGCCCUAUGUGAUCACGGUCAUCAUAUUUGCGGUACUAUGGAUACCAACUGCACUGGUGGAGAACUUCGGCGGCCUUCUAGUCCUCCGAUUCCUGACUGGUUUCUUCGGAUCUCCAUGCCUUGCUACUGGAGGGGCAAAAUUUGGAGAUAUAUGCCAAUAUCUUCUUGUCAUCUGGGCAGGUGCUACUGUUCUUGCCCCUGCUUUAGGCCCCAUAAUUGGGAACUUCAGCGCCACUGCUGAGAACUGGCGUUGGGUUUCAUGGGAAAUGCUGUGGCUCAGCGGGCCAAUCUGUGGCAUUCUAUUUUUUUCCUUGCCUGAGACAUCAUCAUCGACGAUCCUCUAUUAUCGUGCAAGACGGCUGCGAAAGCUGACUGGAAAUACUACAUUCAAAUCCCAAGCUGAAAUUGACCAAGCCCAGCUCACUACUCGUCAGGUCGUCUAUGAUGCUUUGAUUAAGCCGACCGAGAUCAACAUUCUGGACCCGGCUGUGCUCUACUCCACGAUCUAUACGAGUCUCGUCUAUGGUAUCUCUUACUCGUUCUUCGAAUCAUUCCCACUGGUAUACCAAGGAAUUUAUAGAUUCAGUUUCAGUGUAUCUAGCUUGCCAUUUAUUGGAGUGCUUCCUGGAUUGGCCGCAGCAGGAGGUCUUGUGAUCUUUCACUGGCAUUUUUUUGUGGUGAAGCCGGUCAUGCGCCUUGGCGUUUCCGCGCUUCGGGAACCUGAAAAGCGCCUAGUACCUGCUUUAUUCGCUUGUUUUUGGUUGCCAAUUGGUCUAUUCAUCUUCGGUUGGACAGCUCGUCCCAGCGUACAUUGGAUUGCAACUAUAGUAGGGCUAACUUUCAGUAUUGUUGGGACUUUUGCAAUUAUAGUCUGCAUGUUCCUAUACUUGGCAUUCACCUAUCCAAAGUAUGCAGCGCCCUUGUUUGCCGCAAAUGAUUUUGCGCGGUCGAGUCUCGCAGCCGGGGCUAUCAUGUUCUCUAGACCCAUGUUCAUCAACCUUGGUAUCCACUGGGGGUAA